CUGAUGCGGCAGCAGAAGCCUGUGUUUACUACCCCAUCAAUUCCCAGGGGAUCUGCAUAGGCCCCCUCCCCAGUUUCUUCCAGACUCUCCCCCCACCUCUUCUUGAGUUGCCUGUGGAACAGCCACAGGAAGAGGAGUCUGGCUACAGGGAUGCCCAGCGAGACUGAAGCAGAUACCAUGGUGAAGGAUGCAGCUUCUUCUGAUAUGGAACUCAUUGAGCUCAGUAGCAAUAACCUGGCAGAAAUCAACUUACAUGCAGUGGAAUCCAUCAGUGAUCUCCACUGUGCAUCCAGACUUGAGGACACCAAGGUCUCAGGAGGGGACAGCCCAUCUCAGCCCAACACCCCACGGACUCCUCAUGGCAUUUCCUCCAAGCAUUUCACCCUACCUAAUGAAGGCAGUUCAUCCUUCUUCCCAAGAGCUGCGGGAAUUAAUGUCAGCCCUGCAUACACCUACUGCCCCUGCUUCAGGCCCACGUGCUGCCCCAUCAGCUUCUUUGCUCUCCUAGGACUGCUUGUAAUGGCCAGUCUCGCUCUAGCCAUGCUGGCUGUGUAUCUGAGUGUCCUGCAGAGCGAGUCACUCCGUGGCAUUGCCCAGGGGCUGGAGUCGCAAGAGAAGACCAUCAGGCAAAUGAGAAUCCUGAGCUCACAACUAUGGUAUCAGCUAAAUGCCAGCGAUCCUGGGGCCGAGACCUGAGUUAGACAGUUCCAUCUGUCACCCCUCACACCUUCUUGGGGAGCUUAGUUUCAGUUCUACAGAAGACGGGAGACUCAUUCACUGCUUGGCACCCUUUGGACACUAAUGUGUAGGUCUGGACUAUGCGACUCUCAAAAGCAAUAAGCUCUCCAGAAUCACUAGCGGGACUUGCGGAGGUCUCUCUGCCCUAUGGCAGCAUUACCUGGAACACGGGAUGCUGCCAGAGGAAGAAGGCAGAAAUUCCACUGAGGAUGAAAGGGGAUGGGGUUUAUAUUCAGCAGCCUCCUACCAGCAUCUCAGCUGCUCCUUGUGUGCACACGAUAUUUUUAAAGAGAUACUAGCAGCACCAUAUUCACACUAAACAGCUCUACUUUAUACCCAUUUAUUUUGCCCAUGGAACACGUUACAAAGGUGUUGAAUAAGUAACAAUAAAACCCAGAUUGGCUUA